AUGGGGCCGGGCGUGCCAGCCUCGCAUUGCACUCUGGGAUGUUCUGUCUAUCAUGUGACCGCUCACCUGACCCCAGGAGCAUGCGCAGGCCAGCUGCCUAAGCAGAUGACGGGAGGCGUUCGUGAUUGCAGCUCAGACGCUCAGGUGGCCUUCCUGCCGUUUCUGCGCUGCGGGCGGCGUGGCCGCGUGGCGUCCAUUUCGCUUGCAAGCUUCGUUGCGUUCGCACGCCUUUUUCUGGCUCCCGUUGUCUCGCGUUCCGUCGUUGCUCUGGUGCCCUGGACUGCUGUGAAUGUGUUUUUAUGCCCUACUAGUGUUGCCUGGGGGUGCUUUUAUGUGUGCACCCUGGAAGAUAGGUCCAGAAGCCUUGCGAUUUCUUGGAUUAAAGCUAAGUGUACUCGUGACCCUACCAGCACUUUUCAAGAUACUUUCGACGUAUUCAUUGCGGUGAACAACGCGGUUGGGACAGCACACUCACGACGUGGGAAGAUCACAGAAAUGUUGAAAGACAUCAGAUUGGGCAUACGCUUCACCCGUGCAACUUCGUUAUGUGCUCCGCGGCAGCACAAGCGUUUACGGCUGUGCCACUAUGUGUGGAAACGUCGUAGCGGAUGAAUGUGAAUUAUGGAUCUCCAAGUGACGUCGCCCGCGUCAUUUUCAAGAUUUUACCCGUUUUGAAGGUACGUAGUGAAUGUGCGAGGCAUUCACGUUCCUACUACGUGGUUAUCCAUGCGUUUCCCGUCUUCGCAGGCAAUAGGGCUGUUGAUAGGGAGAAUGCUAGGCUACUGCAGACUGCAACCAUAGGCGCUGUGUCUAAAGGUUAAGCUCACAUGACGCGGCAGGGAAGGGAGUCCGUGGCGAAAAGUGAAUAUAGCCGAAGUUGGAUAGCGUUAAUGUUUUGCGCGCGAAAGGCAAGCUGGACACAUCGCAAAUCUCCAGUUGCACGAAACACAGUGCAGCAUGGUCGUCGGUUAUGCCAGUGCUUCAACAUAUGUUUCAGCGUCGCACUUCGGACAUUACGGGCAUAUACCUUUAAGUUUUUCCCCUUGUUGACCGAUGCUGUGUGUGUUCAUGGACAUCAUGUUUUCAAAGACAUGUAAGUUCUCAAUAAUAAUGCGAAAAAAAAUGCUGGUCAUGUUACGCUGUGAUAUAAUACCUGGUGAGGUAAUAUGUACGAUGCUAUGACGCUCAGUUUCAUACGAAAUAAGGUGUUUGAUCUAAUGUUGCUUGUUUGUGCCACUGAUACGCACUGCUGUGCGGUGUUGAUGUAAUGUUCAGAGAACUCCAGUAAGCCUGGCUAAGGCACGGGAAAAAGGUCCACUAGAGGUCCGUAAAAGGUCGUCAUUGACGUACUAUGGACUUCCUUGGGACGUGCGCGGAUGUUAUUUUGGCAGUUCUGAGUACGUCCCAAGUAUGUCAAAAUUAUGUUUCAGGAUGUCCUCAGGAUGUCUUCAUCGUCCUGAGGGUAACAUCAUGUAGACGUCCUUGGGACAUCGGUGGUUUACUGG